AUUUAGCUUUUAUUGAAAAUACAUUCAAUAUUUUUAAUUGUGUCUCUACCGUCAAACAUUUUAUUGAAAAAGAUUUAUCAAUUAUUUCCUCAGUUCUCAGUCAUAAUAGUGAUUUCAUAAAGUGGCAAAAUUCUACUACAAUCCUUCCAAAGCCAUACAAAGCUUUACAAAAUAUCAUUUUUAGAUUUCCUUAUGAGUCAUACUUGAAUGACUACUACAAGUAUGUGAAAAAAAAGCCUUGCUUCAGAACAUCUCUGCAAUAAACUUUCGUUUUACUGUGAAUUGAAAUUAAGGUGGCUGAUUGAUAGAUAGCACAUGCCUUUUCUCCAAAUUUCCCAAAGUAGAAGAAACAAAGUCUUUAAAGUAGUGUGAUUUUCUGUGGAAAUUCUAGAACUGUCAGCAGUGUUACGAGCCAAAAAUAGUUUUGUUAAACUGAAUUUGCUAACCGUAUGAAGAUGGCAAAUUUCAUGAAAUUAAGGAAGUCUGAACUAAUAAAAUCAAGGAACAAAACUGAUUAAACUUGAAAGAUUAAACAGUAGACAAGGUCUAUAACGUAUUAAUUUUCAAAUAACAUUCCCUGUGAACUAAUAUUGGACCAGACCUUGCUAACCUUCCAGAAGAGACUGAAGACAUGAUUUUGCCAUCUGGCCUGAAUAUCUGGUAAUGUGAAGCUUACACAUGCUACAGAAAUUGAGCACAUUCUUCUGCAAAUUGUUUUUUUAAUGUUUUGUAAUUAUUUUUAGGAAUAGCAAUAGCACUUAUAUAGACUUAUAAACCGCUUCAUAGUGUUUUACAGCGGUUUACAGAGUCAACAUAUUGCGCCCAACAAUCUGGUUUCUCAUUUUACCGACCUCAGAAGGAUGCAAGGCUGAAUCAACCUUGAGCUAGUCAGGAUCGAACUCCAAGCUGUGGGCAGGGUUUGCCUGCAAUACUGCAUUCUAACCACUGCAGCUUUUUUGUUGUUGUUAUGGUUUUGGUUAUUUUGUUUCAUUGUUUUUGUGUUUUUAAAUUUGUUACACUGCUCAGAGGUGUGUAAGUGAAAUGAACAUCUGGAUAAUUUACCAAAUAAAUUGUGGGGGGGGGGAUGGAUGAAGAGCACCUUGCCUUUUGAAGUGCCAUAUUUCAUUAAAAAAUGGUUACUAAUUUAUCAAGCCUUUCAGCAGCUGCAUUAGAGUGGAGUCUCAUGGUUCAGAGAACAAAGGUGAUUUUCUUUUCUAAAUCAGUGAACCAAACUAUUUUUAACUGGAGAAGAAUAAGAAAUGGCAGUUGUACAUUUCAAAUGCAGUCUUUUGAGGAAGUGAGUAGUGAUGGCAGCUGUCUCACGUGCUAUUUAUGCUUUAAGAUGUUUCUUACACAACAACACAACGGAUGAACGAGGGGCUCCUGGUAAUAUUUCACUGCAAACAGUUAUUCUUGUUCAUAGACCAUGAAGAGAGGGCAGAAAUAUUUCUGCGUUCCUUGAUCAUCAAGAUCUCUUUCUAGGUUCCCUGUGAUCUAGAUAUUAGAACCUCUAAAUUUCCACUGCUAACCAGAGAGAGAUGCUAAGAGUGCCUCUGAAUGUAGACAGAAUGUCUUUUGCUUUUCACCAGACUAUUCAUCUCUGGCUCGCAAGCCGAUUGCUUUUUUUUGUUAUUUCACUGGCUUUGAAAGAGAUUAUAGUAAUGCCAUUUUUUAAAACUUUGCCUUGUGAUGUGAAUAAUAUAAACGAUACUUCCAAAAUGUAUAUGCAAGUUGACUGCAGUGACCGUAAACUCAUAGAGUUUCCAAAAGACAUUCCUGCCAAUGUUACCAACCUGACACUUGCUGUUAAUCACAUUCUAGAGAUUUCCAAAAGCCAUUUUAAGAACCUGAAAAACCUUCUAGAAAUUGAUUUCAAAUGUAAUUGUGUGCCAGUCAGGCUGGGACCUAAAGAUCACGUUUGCACCCAGGGUCUGAAAAUCCACGCUCAUACUUUCUCCACACUCUCCAGCUUAAAAUCACUCUAUUUAGAUGGCAACCAGCUCUCAGCAAUCCCCCAGCAUCUCCCAUCUAACCUACGUCUUCUGAGUCUUGAAGCUAAUUCCAUUUUUUCUAUCAAGAAACAAAAUUUGUCAGGACUUGAGAACUUAGAAUUACUCUACCUAGGGCAGAACUGUUAUUAUCGCAACCCCUGCAAUAUAUCUUUUGAAAUUAAUGAAGCAGCCUUUCAACUUCUCACAAAUUUGAAAGUGUUGUCUUUGAAAGCCAACAACUUAUCAAAGGUCCCACAAAACUUAACAUCAAACUUAAGAGAACUCUACCUUUAUAAUAAUGCAAUUCGAGAUAUCACUGAGUAUGAUCUCUUAUCUCUGCAUAAUUUGGAAGUACUUGAUUUAAGUGGAAACUGCCCUCGUUGUCACAAUGUACGAUAUCAUUGUAUUGAAUGCCCAGGAAGCAUUUUAAUCAAUUCCAGAGCCUUUGACUCAUUAAAGCAUUUAAAGGUGCUGAGGCUGCACAGUACCUCCCUUCAACAAGUGAACCCCCGUUGGUUUAAAAAUACUGGGAACCUUCAAGUGCUUGAUCUUUCACAAAAUUAUUUGGCUCAAGAAAUUCAGCAAGCCCAUUUCCUACAGUUUCUUCCUAAUCUUGUGGAACUUGAUUUAUCUUUCAAUUAUAAAUUGGGAUCAUACCCAUUAAAUUUUAUUCUCCCCAAAACAUUUUCCAACCUGUCCAAUCUGCAGUCCUUAAGAAUAAGAGGAUUUGUUUUCAAGGAACUAAAUCAAAGCACUAUAAAUAAUUUAAUUCCUCUUAAAAAACUUGAGGUCCUGGAUUUUGGAACCAAUUUUAUCAGGAACGUUAACUUUUCUAUGUUUAAAGAAUUCCAGAAUCUUAGAACAAUAAUUCUUUCUUUUAAUAAAAUAUCUCUUUUUUCAUAUGAGCCAAAUAGCAGGGUUUGCUCUGUUCUCAGCUCACCAGACGAUCAAUUUAAUGGCAAUGUAUUGAAAGAUAUGCAGUAUUUCAGAUAUGAUACGUAUGGUCAAAGUUGCAGAUCUAAAGAUACAGAGGAUAUUCAUUCUUUGCCUUUUGUCAAUGAGACUGCAUGUAGCAAUUAUGGAAAAACACUUGAUUUAAGCAGAAACAAUAUUUUUUUUAUCAAAUCUUCCGAUUUCCAGCAACUUUCAGACCUUAAAUUCCUUAACAUCUCCAAUAAUGCUAUGAGCCAAGCUUUGGACGGAACUGAAUUUGCUCAUCUAUCCAGUUUGAAAUGUUUGGAUUUAUCUAACAAUCGGAUUGAUUUGCUACAUCGAAAUGCUUUUCAACAGCUGAAAGAACUGGAAGUUCUAAAUCUUAGCGAUAAUAGCUAUUAUUUUAAGGCGGAAGGUGUCACACUUAUGUUGAAUUUUACCAAAUGCCUGGUUAAUCUGAAAAUACUGAUUAUGAAUGGCAAUGAGAUUUCUGAAUCCACUGAUAAAGGAAUGGCAAGUGAUUCCAUCAAAACAUUAGAAUUUAGACGGAAUCGCUUAGAUAUUUUAUGGAAGGAUGGAACUAAUGAAUACUUGGCAUUCUUUAAGAAUUUGAUCACCCUGGAAAGUCUUGACAUUUCUGAGAAUUUUCUUACUUUGUUACCUCCUGAUGUAUUCUACAAUCUGCCUCCAAAACUCAAAGUAUUAAAGCUGGCCAGUAAUCUAUUGAAGACUUUUAACUGGGGGCGUCUUUCAGCACUAAAGAAUUUAGAAAUCUUGGAUCUUAGCAACAAUCAGCUGACCACGGUCCCACAUGAACUGUCCAACUGUACUAAGACGCUUCAGACAUUCAUACUGCAAAACAACAAGAUUAGAAAGCUGACAGAUAAUUUUCUCAAAGAUGCUUUCUUCCUGCGGCAUUUAGAUCUUAGUUUUAACAAGAUCAAAACAAUCAGGAACUCUAGCUUCCCCAAAAAUGUUAUUAACAGACUAAAAACAUUACACUUAAAUGGUAAUUCUUUCAAGUGUAAUUGUGAUAUUGUGUGGCUUGUCCACUGGAUCAAUGAGACAAAUGUAAAAAUCCCUUUCCUAGCAACAGAUGUGACUUGUGCAGGGCCAAGAGUAUGGAAAGAUAAAAGUUUGAUUUUAUUAGAUUUGAAUACUUGUGAAUCGGACUACUCUCAGAUUUAUUAUUUAUUGUCAGCUUCAGUCAUAAUAUUUCUCAUGAUAUUUCCAGUUAUAAGCCACCUAUAUUUUUGGGAUGUCUGGUAUAUUUAUCAUUUCUGCACUGCCAAAUUAAAGGGAUAUAAACGUCUCUUUUCAUCUGAAGUUAAAUAUGAUGCUUUUGUGGUUUACGAUAAUAAAGAUGCAGCUGUAACAGAAUGGGUCCUGAAAGAACUAAUUGAGAAACUGGAAGAUCAGAAAGAAAAAACAUUCAAUAUAUGUUUAGAAGAAAGAGACUGGCUACCAGGUCACCCACUCAUGGAAAACCUUAAUGACAGUAUACAAAUGAGUAGAAAAACAAUAUUUGUGCUGACAAACAGCUACAUUGCAAGUGGCAACUUCAGAACAGCUUUCUAUAUGGCACAUCAGCGUCUUGUGGAUGAAAAAGUAGAUGUAAUUAUCCUAAUAAUUCUUGAGAAGCUUCUGCAAAUGUCAAAGUGUCUCCGUCUCCGAAAGACCUUGUGUAGUAGAUCUUGUCUUGAAUGGCCAACCAACCCUCAGUCUCAGGCUUAUUUCUGGCAUUGUCUUAGAAACUCCCUCACAGCAAAUAAUGAGUUCAGAUAUAACAAGCUUUUCAAAGAAAUGUUAUAAAGCUCAGUUGCAUUCUCUGAAAAUGUUUUGGGAAUCAUAGCAGAUGUAUGGGAUGAGGCUGAAUCUCAAUCUCUAUAUUGAGGAGGUUUUAAAGCAUUGGUAGAACCAGGCAAACUUUUGGUUAUCUGAGGAAAAGUGCUGAGGAAGUUUAGUUCCAUAACUCAAUUUUUCAUUUAAUAACUUUUGAGUUAUGUAGGAGGAUUAUGCUGAUUUUUAUGAAUUCCCUCCAAUCUAAGCAGGAAAAGUGAAACAGAAGAGACAGAUCCCAGUUACAAAUUUUUACAGCAAGAAUUUAUGAGUUUUCCUAUGUAAGCAUGUUUUCUUUCCAAUAUUCAGUACAAUUUGAAAGAAAAAAUAAAAAUCAAUAUAAUCUUUAGCAUGAACUACAAUUAUUGUAUAUUUGAAAAUCAGGUAUUUUGGACCGUCUCGCUAUUUAUUUAUAUAUGGAGGGAAUUUUUUUUAAUUACAUAACAAUACAAUAAAAAUAUGGGAAUUGUAACAUAAUGGAGAUGUGCAGAUCAGUUGGAAAUCAUUCAGAAAUGGAAAGAAGGGGGAAUGAAAGAAAAUUGGUGAUCUAAAUGCUUUUUGUAUAAUGCUUUUUCUUUAAAAAAAUCUUUCAUUACAGUAUCAAAUUCCAAAAAGGAAGGAAUUUAAACGCUUACAAAAUAUUAUCAGUGACUAAUGAGUUUAUGCUGUAAUGUGAAAGCAUCUACUUGAAGCCAGUUUGGUAUAAUUAUUAAGUCAUCAACUAGAAACCAAGAGACGUUUAAUUCUAGUCCUGCCUUGGGCACAAAGCCAAAUUGGUGACCUUGGCCAGUCACUUCUCUUGUCCCUAGAAGAGGUAGAAUUAGAAUUAGAAAAGAAGUAGAAUUGCCAAGUUACUUCUGAAAACAGCUGCCAAGAAAAGUUCAGUAGUCCAAAAUGAUUUGAAUGUGCAAUUGUUUAAAUGCAGUUUAUUUGUCUACUGAUGGCUGAUUUGUUUGAAUGCAAAGCUUCCAAGAAUUCCCUAGUUUUCGGAUUUAGCUUGGUGUAGGAUGGCCACACAUUUACAUGCAAAAGAGACAAUUAAAAAAACUAAGGAAACAAAAAGAUCACAUCUUCUCUAGCUGUCAGCACACAGAUAAGCAGGGAUUAACACCAAACAACCAAGCAGAAAACAAUAGAAAUAUUAAGGAGAAAUAUUCAAAGAAAUAUUAAGGAGAAAACCACAUAUCCACCAACAUUGGUAGGGCAAGUUAUUGUAUAUAAAAAGGCAUCAAAGCCACCAUGACUAGCAUAGAUAUGUUACCUAGCCAGGUAAUGAAAUUUCUUCAAGCAAAUAAUCAAGCUUAGAGAGUGCCAAGGAAAGUUAUCCUAAUUUACAGAUAUUGUUUUUUAUUCUGUAUUCUCUUUAAUUCUUACUUGUUUUAAUGUAUUUACGCAUAAAUGUAUGUAUAAGGAGCUCUGUAAUGACAGGUUUACAGAACAAUGUAUGAAAUAGUAUGAUUGAAGUGGAAACAAGGCAGGGGUUGAAUGAAUAAAAAGUUACUAUAAGGUUAGUGAACAGUGUUCGUGUAGACUAGAUUUAGUGAGACUUCUUUUUCUUUUCACUUAACUCUCCUUUGCUUAUCAUCUAUUAUAUUUUCUAUGCUU